AUCCUCGCUCGGAGAAGCUCGUCGUCAAGCCACCAAGACGAAUCCGGACUUAAAUUAUUUUUUUUUCUGGCGGUUCUUGGAAUAAAUUACCCUCAAGACGCGCGUUUUAUCUACAAGAAAGAAAUCAACUUCCGGAUUAAGAGGAGUGGAAAGAUCCAAACUACAAGUUCUCGAGCAACGGUUGCUAAGGACGCACGUGAUCUGAGUUGGUCCAUAACGCAAGCGAAUUCAAGUCCAAGGGGCAAGUUGUGGGAUAAGAAAAUGGGUUGGCGGAACGGAGGAUUGGUCCCGCUUCUGCUGUUCCUCGGAGCCAGUAUUCAGACUGAGGCCGUCUUUGGGUCUUCCCCUUCAAAGUCUCCAUUGGAAGACGAAGAUUGCAUCGUGCAGCGCGCCACACAUGAGCACCCGGUGAGCCACGCAGGAUCCAGGGCAAUGUUGCAUGUUGAUGAUACUGCAGAGCUUCUCGUGCGAACCUUCCGAAUCAAGGUCGGGGGAGACAGCCUCGAAUUCCGUUACAGCGGCAAGAAGCCAAACAGAAGUGUGCUUUACAAUGUAUCUCUUGGUGAUUCCUUGGGCCAAGUGAGCUUGAAGCUCGCGGAAUGGCAUGAGCUGGAAGUGUCUCCGUCUCACCUCAGCCUCGGGAGGGAGAGGCUGCCGUUUCCUGCAAAGGUUCUCGACACAGGAAAAGGUCUUCGAUUCGAGGUGGAGAACCAGAACCAGGGGAUCGAGCUUCGGUUUUGCGAAAAUGGAGGUGACGUGUCCUUCUACUUUGAUUCUGAAAAGGAAAUGUAUUGGAGCUUUGGCUGUGGCACCUCGGAUGAAUCUUCAAUGUGGUUGAUUAUUCUCUUCUCCGGAGUUGCUGUCUGUAGCUUCAUAAUGGUCAUUGCAAUUUGCCUCUUAAUAUACCGUCGGGUAUCAUCUUCGCCUCCAACUCAUCCCGAAACGGAAAGUCCAGGUUUUGAGUCCAUUUUCAUUGCUUCGCCUCGGUGUUCCCAAGAUGACGGUGAGAGCGGAACGGGAAGAAUCUUGGCACAUAGAACACCACCAGUGGCGUCCGAUCAGGCUGCGCGAGGUGAAGUUGCGCGCCAGGGAGGCUCGGGCGAAGGGCUACAGACUGCAGACGAAAGCCGCAGUAGAAGCAAAUGUCCCACGCCAGUCAACCAACUGCCUGGUCCAACCGGUACGCAGUCCCGGGAGGAGGAGCGUCGCGAAACAAACGGAAAUAGUACCUGUUCAUCUUGGAAGAGUCAGGAAGAAGGAAAAGUAGAAGUGAAUGGCGUCGAGAACGAAAAUAGGGAAAGAGAACAGUCGAGAAUUCCCAAACGUCGGGACGGACAUCAGAACAGAAAGAGCAAGAGGCGAACAGCAGAGCAAGGACCAAGGACGCCUUCCCAUGCUAAAAAACACAUGACCCCGGACGGUGAGGACGCGCGAACGAACACUACACCGCAAGUGCAGGAGGGACCUCAGAGUUCCAGGCAGAAGAAAAUUGAUCGGAUACCUUCGGAAAUAAUAAGACAGUUGACCACAAACCAGUCAAUUUCCCGGAUAGACACAUCGCCGUCUGCUCCCAGGAAUACGCUCGAGAAAGAGCCCCAGGGGACGAGGCAUAGGGAAAGAGCCAAACAGAAAAAAGAGAUUUCCCCUCGCAGAGGUAAAUCUGACACGAAGGCUUUGAAACCAAGUUGCAGCGGACAUGCACUGGCGAAACAAGAGAAUCCUUUGCACAGGGAGUAUGGCAGUGGCCUGAUUAUGCACGGAACAUCAACGGGAAACCUAGCUGUGGGACGCGCCAACAUGGGGCUACAAGGGCCACUCCCCAAGGGCGUCUUUCAGCAACAGGGAUCCAUCGUGGUAGUAGCGAGAGGACGGCCGGGAUACGUUCACCAGCACCCCAUUUACACCGGCCACUGCCCUCCCACAGGCCACAGACAAAACCACAGACCCGUCACCACACUCCCGGGAAACUACAGGAACCGGAGCCGGAUCCACCAGCCCGCCUCAGACCUCGAGAUCCGCCGAGUCAUAAGCCACAACGGGAUCAACGAGACCGCCCACAUCGCCUACGCUCCGCCCAUGCUCGCGCCCUCUCAAACCCUCACGAUUCCCCGCCAACACCACACGCCAUCGAGGACCUCUCCGAGGCUCGUUCCGUGUUAUUCCCCCAUCGUGUUGAGUCCGGGCGUGAGGAGCGCGGGGCACGGACUGUCCGCCACCCCUUCACCGAGGCCUCGAGGGGGGCGGCGGGCGCAGGAGCAGGGCGGGGCCGAGGAGCUGUACGACCAGUUAGCGUCCGACAGUGAAUAGCGGCCCGGGUUAUGGUGGCGGAAACAGGCACUUGAGAAGAUGAUUAUAAUUUGAUUAAUGAAGAUGGAAAUGUUGAUAUAAUGUUGAUCAUUGCCAAAUAGGCAAGAAUAUAAGAUAAAACCUGGGGCAUAAAUAACGGUGUGAGGGUGUGUGGGGGGGGGGAGGGGGGAUAGGGAGUCUUUCUCACUUUCAAGGAAACCCUCACCCAUAUUUGACCUUGCUUUGGGAGUCAAUGCGAGCGGUGCUUUCUCGAGGCAAGGUUUGCUCAUCUGUGUUAGCCAUAAGAAAACGCCUCAUCUAUCUAUCUAUGUUAUGCAUUUGUGCGUAUAUACAUAUAUGGAUCUAUAUCUCUUUAACCAUGUGUUUGUGUGUGUGUGUGUGUGUGUGUGUGUGUGUGUGUGUGUGUAUGUGUGUGUGUGUCUGCAUUCAAGCAAAACGUGCGAUCACAAGCAAACCCGCCCCAGAAGUCUAUUUUUCACCAAAACGAUUAACCUUUUAAAUACGAUUUAGUCAAAAGAUUGGAAAAGACUUCCGGAGUGCCUGGCGACCGUGUCCGUUGACCUGCUAUUUGCUAGUUACCGCUUCUUUGUCUUCUGAUUGUAACAAAAAGACUAUGUUUUCUUCUUAGAGAACUGAUGUAAAUUGAACAUUCUCUUUAGUUGGAUAAUAAACACAGUGAAUAAUACUGAAUGAAAAAGUGAGAAAAAUGAAUAAAACAAUUGUAAUCUCAUCAUAAUAUGAGGUUUAAAUACUAAGAAUAGGAUUAAUUUUAAUAAUAAUAAUAAAGAUCAGAAUUAUA